AAAAAAAAAAAAAUGCUAUAGGGUCCACAACUAAGGGUACCUUAUCUAGUUCCAGCCAAUAGCAUUCUAUUUCCAGUUACAUGUAAAGCUCCAUAGCCUCGAAAAAUGAAAACCAUCCAAAAACAGAUUUCCCCAAUUGACUGAGAAGCGAUGGCACAUUCUCUAAUCUCACCUCCGGCUACUGCGACAACGCCAAUCUCAGCAAGGACCAAGACCAACACCCAUUUUCCGUCGUCUCUCAAAGUCAAGGCUUGCCAUCAAGUUUCAGAUGGCCCUAACAAACUUGUUCACCGCAGGGCUGCGGGUUUGGGUUUGGUCGGUGCUGUGCUCAGCUUCGUGGUAGGCGACCGGAAUGCAAAUGCAGCUGCAAGAAGGCCUCCACCGCCUCCGGUUGAUGAGAAAAAAGAGAAGAAGGAUCCCAAUGUGAGUGGUGUGCUUGCAAAAGUGUUGGCUAGCAAAAAGAGAAAGGAAGCCAUGAAGGAAGCCGUGUCCAAGCUAAGAGAGAAAGGGAAGCCUAUUCAGGAGUAAUCUGAUUACUUCUUUUAGAAGUACUGCUUGUCAUUGUUCAGAAACUACAGAGAUUUUCUUGAAUGAAAGACGGACUUGUCUAGAUUAAUUAAACGUUGUGUUUGACGUAAUUUGAUUCAUCUUCACGAGCUCUUUUUGUAUGCAUGUAUGUUGGUGCCAAAACAGAGGUCUAUCUUGGUAUUUAUUCCAGAUCAUGAAGAAUAAAAAUUGUAUGGUUGAGAAUG